UUUUUUUUUUAUUCAACCACUUUAUAUAUCAGUCGGUUCAACUCAUUCCUCGAAAAGAUUCGACUCAAAAGCGAUUCAUUCAUGAAUCGGACGUCGCUAGAAUAAGGUCAGCCCACCAAAUCGUCUCUCGAGUCGGGUUGUGUUUCCUGCAGUAACGUUAAGGAAAAAGCAAACUCAACACGCUGUCAAUUGGACAAUUGUUUUUAUUACUUAUUAUUUUAAUCUGUUUUAGGAGUGACCGCGGAAAUUAAUUAAGAUUAACUUGGAAUUUGCAUGUGUGUGUAUGUGCAAAGCGGUUGUUAGAACAAUGUAAACAAGCCUGGACUGGACUGAGCUUGAUAAUAGGCUACUGCACCCAUCAACCUCCUCACGAACAUCUAGGUUUUAUUAGACCUGUCACAUCUCAUCAUGGGCAGUUUAUAUCUCUCAAGAGGUCGGUGUAUUCUCCGGCAGGUGUUCUUUGGCCUACCCAGCAUGCUGCAGCGGCAUUACAGCCUCGAUGUGUCAGCGCAGCUCCUGCGGACUCGAGCCUUCAUAGAAGGGCGCUGGGUCUCCGCUGCAUCCACGUUCCCCGUGUUAGAUCCAGCCACGGGAGAAGAGAUCGCGAAGGUGUCAGACUGCGGUACAAAGGAGGCUCAAGACGCUGUCAAUGCUGCAUACAAAGCGUUUCACCUGUGGAAGAAUCACACAGCCAAGGAAAGAAGCAUUUUAUUACGAAAAUGGUUUGACCUGAUCAAUCAGCACAAGGAAGAUCUUGCCAAGUUGAUCACAGCAGAGUGUGGGAAGCCUAUGAAGGAGUCUAUCGGUGAGAUGACAUACUCUGCCUCCUUCCUGGAGUGGUUUUCUGAAGAGGCCAGACGUGUGUAUGGAGAUAUUAUCGCACCUCCAGCCAAGGACCGCAAAAUCCUCUUACUCAAGCAGCCGGUGGGAGUGGCUUCCAUCAUUACACCUUGGAAUUUCCCCAGUGCCAUGAUCACCAGGAAGGUGGGCGCAGCACUGGCGGUGGGCUGCACUGUGGUGGUGAAGCCAGCCGAGGAUACACCUCUCUCUGCUCUGGCCCUGGCUGAGCUGUCGGUUCAGGCUGGUAUUCCUCCUGGGGUGUUUAAUGUAGUGCCCUGCUCGAGAGCAAAGACCCCUGCUGUGGGGGAGCUGCUCUGCACAGACCCUCUCGUUGCCAAAAUCUCAUUUACUGGCUCCACGGCCACUGGCAAGAUACUACUAAGACAUGCUGCAGGAACAGUCAAAAGGGUCUCCAUGGAGUUGGGAGGACAUGCCCCGUUUAUUGUAUUUGACAGUGCUGAUGUAGAUAAAGCUGUUGCAGGAGCGAUGGUCUCCAAAUUCAGGAACUCAGGCCAGACCUGCGUGUGCUCCAACCGCUUUUUGGUGCAGAGUGGAAUCCAUGAUGCUUUCAUUCAGAAGCUGGCCAAGGCUAUGGAUGAUGAACUGAAGCUUGGCCAUGGCUCAGAGCCCACCACCACACAAGGGCCGCUCAUCAACACCCGCGCCGCAGAGAAGGUGGAGAACCAGAUUGCAGAUGCUGUGGCACAGGGAGCAGUCAUAGUUCGAGGUGGGAAGAGACUGGAGGGCUCCUUCAUGCAGCCCACCCUGCUGUCCAGUGUCAACACUGACAUGCUCUGUAUGCGAGAGGAGACCUUCGGACCCCUCAUUCCUGUUGUUAAGUUCAACACAGAAGAGGAGGCACUCGCCAUUGCCAAUGCUUCUCCUGUUGGUUUAGCAGGUUACUUUUACUCCAGAGACAUCAGUCAGAUCUGGCGGGUGGCGGAGCAGAUGGAGGUGGGCAUGGUUGGGGUCAACGAAGGUCUGAUAUCUGCCACAGAAGGCUCAUUUGGUGGAAUCAAACAGUCUGGAAUGGGCAGAGAAGGAUCCAAAUACGGCAUUGAUGAGUAUCUAGAAAUAAAGUACAUGUGUUUGGGGGGACUCUCUCUAUAAAGACUUUACGCAAUACUAAAAUCAUGAAUCCACUGUGAACUAUUCUCUUUUAAUCAUAUUUAACUGGAUAAUGACUAUACUGACUAUAGAUAUUUGUUGUAGAAAUGGGUACAAAUAGUCCUCUUUGAGAUUCUGUCCAUCAUAACUGAUUGUGGUAUACUUGUUACUCUGAAAUAAGGUUUUGAACACUAAAAAAAUAUAUUUUUAUCACUGAAAAAUAUCUAAACAGACUUAAAGCAGGAUAAAUUUACUUUUGUGUUAGAUAAGAUAAUAUAUAUCUUGUACAUUUUUAGUUUAUUCUUCUUGAUUUAAUUAUAGACAAAAAAAUAAGACAAACUGAUGUUUUUUUCCAGUGUUAAUAAUUUGGCCACAAAAUACAGGGAUGGGAGAGAAAUCAAAGCACAAUAUUUCUUAAAAAGUCAUUUAAAUGUUUAACUUAAGUGUUCUAUUUUUGUAAUUCUAGAAAUAGAUUAAAACCAUUACAAAAGAAACUGUGAUGAGAUGUUUUUGGGUGCUUAUGCUGCUGGAUAGAAACUUUUUAUUUCAGGCAAUACAGCAUAGAGAUUCAAAUUUGUCAUUGUGGCCAAAUGUUGUAAUUGUCAGUGCAUUUUUUUUAACUGUUCUCUGUUGUAAUGUUUUUUUUUAAUUGGUGCAAAUAUUAAUUUUCUAUUGAUAUACCUAAUUGUAAGUGUUAUAUGCAUGACAAUGUUUAGAAGUAUAUUAAUUUUCUUACCUUGUAAGUGGAAAUUUGCAGAAAAGCACACAAAGGUAAAAAGACUAUACAUACAUCUGAAAGCCUUGGUAAAGAAACAUUUCAACUUCUGCCGUUCAUUUACUUGAGCCAUUUUUAUCACUUAUUUAAAAUUAAUCCUGAAUAGGCACACUAACACAGAAUUGCACACUCUUAUUAUUCAUGUGAACUCAACUCUAUAAAUAUUGAACUUUUGGAAAUAAAACACUUUUAAACUUGG